UCAUGUUCAAGACCAGGUACCUGCACGAAGUGCGCAAGGAAAGGUACGAGCGCUCAGAUGUCUUUGAUGAGGAACCAGAGGACUCUGAAACCUCCGCGGGCAUCUCAGCCAUCCAGGGCUGGGAGAGCCUUCAGGAGCUCAACAGCCGCUUUGCCCGGUACAUCAACAGGGCACGAGUCCUGGAGCAGCGCAACGCCGUGUUCCGCAAGCAGCUGGAGACGCUACAGCGGAUGGAAGAGGCCAGCGGCCUAGAGGAGGCCUUUACAGAGCAGAUUGAUGUCAACAGACAGCGCAUCCGAGAGCUGUCGUCUGACCGUGCCAAGCUGGAGCGAGAGCUGAAAGAUGCUUGCCGCAUGCUGGAUGAAUUCACCAGCAAAUAUAGAAAUGAAUGUGAUUAUCAAGAACAGCUACGAGGCACACUGGAACAGUUAAACAAGGAAGCUGACGGCGCUCUGCUGAGAAACCUGGAGUACCAGAUCCAAUCACAGUUCCUGCAGGAUGAUAUCAACUCCACCAGAGAUAGACACAAAAAGAACCUUGCAGAGAUCCAGACCUAUGUAAACAUUUUGCAGCAAAUCAACCAGACACUUCCCCUUGUUCCCAAUGUGUCAGUGGGCAUCUCUGAGGAGCAGGAGAAGCUGCUGGCCCAGAGGAAAGUGCCGGUACUGCAGAGUCAGCUGGAGGAAUAUAAGAGCGCCCUCUGUCAGCUGCAGGCCCAAAAACAACGGCUGCAGGCUGAGACGACAGUGUUGGAGCAAGCCAUCAGAAACACACAGGAGAGUUAUGACGAUGAGAUCCAGAUGAACAACGACAAAAUCGAAUCUCUGCGGAAGGAGAUUGAGGAAGCUGAGAGGUCCCUGGAGAAGUUCACCAGUGAAUGUCGCCACCUUGCCAUGUACCAGACAUCUCUUGAGAAUGAGCUCGAGAGGUACAAGAGGAUCAUCGAGAAUGAAGAUAACAGGUUGAAUUCAGCGAUAAUUGGCACACCCAUUACCCUGUUCACCACUAAUUACCGCUACACUCACACACCCACUUCAUCAAGCAGGGGGAGAGAUAUCACCCAGGCUAUACAAGAUAUCACCAGCAUCAAGCCCCGCCAGAAGAUCAUGGCCAAGAAGGUCCUGAAGAAGAAAGAGCUGACCCCGAAGGAUGUGAUGGACAGUGGUCAGGAGGACAGAAAUGGGGGAGCCGCUGGAGAGGCUCUAGAUGAGGAAAUAAGGGGGAUCCCCUCUGAAGAAGUGCAGGAGGAGGGGGUGAGGAGAAAAGAGCAGAGACCUGUUCUCACUGGAAUGUCUCCACAGGAUGUCCCAGAUGGAGCCCAGAUCAGCAAGGCCUUUGACACUCUUUGUAACAUCGUCAGAGACAGAAUGAGAAAGUACAAGAAGCCUGAGCCAAUUGCUGACUUCUACACCAAGGGUCGUUAUGUCCUUGUCACCGGUGAUGGCAGCUACCCGGAUCCCUGCUUCUACACCUCCACACCAUCAGCAGGUCACAUCAUCGUCACUAUCAGAGAUGGAAUGAUGCCACCCUAUGAGCCCUCUCCUCCACCUCCUCCACUUCCUCAGCCCAUAGACCCCAGGCCUCUCAGUCCCACCCUGCCCUCUAAUGGAGGAGGAGGAAAGGGGGAUAAUGGUGGAAAAGGUAAGGAUGAUAAUGGGGGUAAAGGUAAGCAUAAGAAUGGAGAGCCCCAACCUCACUCUAAAGAUCCCAGCCCAGUCCUUCCUUCCUCUGGCUCAAGCUCCGAUCCCAAAGAUCCCACCCCAGCGGCCAGUCAUCCCAAGAAGAACAAGGAUGACAAUGGGCCGAGUGGGCCCACUCCAAAGCCAGCGCCUCGUGGUGCCAGCACCAGCUCCAGCUCCAGUUCCAACACCAGCACCAGCACCAGCACCAGCUCUGGCAGUUAUACCCCAGAAGCCAUGAGCUACGAGAAGGUGGAGGUGGUAGAGUCGGUGGAGAAGUUCUCCAAUGGUCGCAAGGUUAAAGGUUAUGAGGAGACUUCCAUGGUGGUGGAGACCAUGAUCGAGAAGUCCAGCAAGAAGAAACAUUGAAACGAUGUCAUCUGACGUGAAGAGUCAGUCAGUUCCACCAGGGUCCUAUGGUUAAGGUCCUCUAACAAGUAGACAACACUGAUAUUGGUAUCAGACUAUAAUACCACUAUUUUUUCAAACUACUGUAAUAAGACACAUGUUUUUGUCUUGAGGGAGACCAACCAUGCUUAAAGACCAACUACACAUUCCUGCUCUGAUAUUCAAUGCUCUUCCAUUUGCUUGCAGUCUCUGGUCUUGCGUGCAGAAUACGUUUUGCUGGUUCCAUAAGUACUGCUGUUGUUGUUCGACUUAACACCCAUGCUCAUGCUAUGAGUCCUUUACUGUCUGAAAACUUGGGAUAAUGAAAAACAAAGCUCCAUGCCACCAAUUAAAAAUUCAUAAGAAAAGAAAUAAAAAAAACUCAGAAGUUGUGCCACCCUCUGAACUCUGUCUCAGAACUCUAAUUUUCCCCUUUGAGUUCAUUUGUUCAA